CCCGGCACGUUGGGGCGCCGCCGGCACCGCAGCGCGGCUUCAGGCGCCAAGCGUUGGCCGCCCCGGGGGGCUGCUUCGCCGGGGACUCGCCGUCUGCCGGGCCCCGCCGGGAUCCCGUUGGCCCGGCAGGAGCCUCUGCGAGAGACAGCUCCGCUCGCCGCCAGCCAUGGACGGGGACAGGGUGGAGAUAGACGGGGGCAUCAUGGAGGGGGGCGGGCAGAUCUUGCGGGUGUCCACGGCGCUGAGCUGCCUGCUGGGCCUGCCGCUGCGGGUGCGCCGGAUCCGCGCCGGGAGGAGCCAGCCCGGCCUCAGGCCUCAGCAUCUGUCUGGACUGGCGAUCAUUCGAGAUCUAUGUGAGGGGAGGCUGGAAGGUGGAGAAAUUGGCUCAACAGAAAUAACCUUCACUCCUGGGAAGAUAAAAGGUGGAACACACACAGCAGAUACAAAAACAGCAGGGAGCGUGUGUCUACUGAUGCAGGUAGCAAUGCCCUGUGUGCUGUUCGCUGCUUCCCCAUCAGAACUUCAUUUAAAAGGUGGGACUAAUGCUGAGAUGGCUCCUCAGAUAGACUACACAGUCAUGGUUUUCAAGCCAAUAGUUGAAAAGUUCAAUUUCACAUUUAAUUGUGACAUAAAAAAGAGGGGCUACUAUCCUCAGGGAGGUGGUGAAGUUGUAGUCCAAAUGUCACCAGUCAAAGAGUUGAGCCCAAUAAACUUAACAGAACGUGGCAUAGUGACAAAGAUAUAUGGAAGAGCAUUUGUUGCUGGAGCACUGCCUAUAAAACUGGCAAAAGACAUGUCUGCAGCAGCAGUGAGAUGCAUCAGAAAAGAAAUCAGAGAUCUUUACAUCAAUAUUCAGCCUGUUCGAGAACCUGAUGAUCAAGCCUUUGGGACUGGAAGCGGAAUAAUCGUUGUUGCAGAGACUUCAACGGGUUGUUUGUUAGCUGGAUCAUCACUGGGCAAGAGAGGAAAGAAUUCUGACAAGGUUGGCAUUGAAGCAGCUGAGAUACUGCUUAGGAACCUUAAACAUGGUGGAACUGUGGAUGAUUCUCUGCAAGACCAACUGAUCAUUUUCAUGGCACUAGCAAAGGGAGUGUCUAGAGUAAAAACUGGACCAAUUACACUUCAUACUCAAACAGCUAUACACUUUGCAGAGCAGCUAACAAAGGCCAAAUUUACUGUGACAAAAUUGGAAGAGGAAGAUCCCGGUAAAGAUACCUACAUCAUUGAGUGCCAAGGAAUGGGGAUGAUAAACCCAAACUUAUAGGUUUUAAAAUAACAACAACAACAAAGACGACAGCAAGCUGACAAAAACAAAACUCAACAUACCUCAGUGAUGUAUUGCACUACAUUUCAAAGGAUGUAUGAUAUGCAUGUGAACCAGAGGAGCCUUCUGUCACGUCAAAGCAAUUUAAUUUCAAGGAUGAUGUGGAAUUCUUCCUUGAUGUACUGAGAAUCUGUGGUGUGAAAAAUGGAAACUUUACCUCCCCCCCCCCCACAUUAGCAGCAAAGUGAGUACAGGCAGGACAGCAAAUGGAAUACAUUGUAUGUAUUUGAGAGCUUCAGUUAGAAGCCUUGAAAAUUCAGAUUCAAAGGAGAAAAUUACUAAUUCAGUUUUGAAAAAAUACUGAUACAUUCUUUCCCCUUUAAAAAAAAUAGACAUCUAUGUUUUAUUAUGUGGGAACCUUUAUGUUAUGAGGUAUACAGAAUGAAGUGCCCCAUCAAAUCUGUAUCACUGUUCUUCCUUAACCAUUUUGCUUAAAUUGUGUGUGAGGACAUAAUAAAGCAAUAUCACCAAGUGAAA